UAAUAAAACUCGUUGAACGCGGAAGUUGGGCUGAAACCGACAAGAAACAAAGCGGAAGUUCAGAGUCAAAACCUCGGUUUAAACGUUGCCUUUCUCAGUGGAACUGACGGAAACGGUGAAUUCUGGCUUUUAUUUGGUGAAGAAAGAGAAGUGGGAGCUCCUGCAGUGAAACACGGCGGUGGGAGUGUCACACGCAGCCAUGACGGAGGUCUACGCCCCCACCACGGUUUCCAACCCCAAGUCCUCCUGGUUCCUGGUUCCUUCUAAACUCCUGGAUAAGGUCCAGUUUGGCCUUAAAGCAGCUGAAGUGGGCCUGUCCCUGGUGGCCUUCAUCCUGGAGGAGCUGGUCUCCAGCUGUGGGAACUGCAACCCCCUCUACUUUUUUGAGUUCGUCAGCUGCACGGCCUUCCUCUUCACCCUGCUGCUCCUCAUCCUCCUCUCCACCAGGCUGCACGAGAAGGUCGGCAUCGAAUGCUGGCCCAAACUGAACUUCUUAUAUACGGUUGGGAUCGCGGUCCUCCUCCUGAUCUCGUCCAUCGUGCUCGCCGCCGAUAACGCCGGCUCCAGUCUGGAGAGGGUUGCUGUGGUGUUUGGAGUCCUGGCGACCCUGGCCUUUGCGUUAGACGUGGCUUACUUCCUGAAGACCCGUGGGUCCCCCUUCAAAGCCGGCCCGGGUCCGGGUGUCAGUAACGGCGGCCCGGUGCCGGCAGCGGCUCCUGAGACGGAGAGGCUCAACGAUCAGGCAUAAGUCUGCCUCCAUCUUUGUUACACACUUUGUUUUAGCUGGAGGCGGGGCUUCAAUCGUUCUUGUCUGUCUUUGUCCCCCCCCCCCGUGUCCUUCAUUCAUUUUUUAAACCGAGGUUCUGAAAAAAAACAGAUGAUUCUUCCGAAACCACGUAAACACUAAGGCCGACGGCUCGUGUCUCUGCUGCUUCAUCCACUGAACUCCUGAAGACGGCCGGAAGGGGUCCUUCUUUAAUCCCCCCGAGGUUCUGCGCAUCAGAACGCGACGGAGGGGGUCCGAUCGCUCCAGACACCCCUGUAGUCCACUAAUCCCCCUGAAAGACUGCGUUCCGGAUGAAUCCAAUCAGAUCUGGUUCAGUCCAGGACAGGAGUCCCUGCAGCGCCCCCUGCAGGUCAAACACGUGUCCCUCUUGGUCUCUCAUGGUGUCUGUUUGCUUCUGGUUCCUGCAGCCGGUCUACUGCCCUCUGGGAAACGUAGUUUAUGUAGUGAUUGUCGCACAGUGAUGAUGUCACUCAGUUCUGAUCCACAUAAGCAGCAGAGUUCAGCCAAGUCUUUGUCCUGAAGUCACAUCAGAAUCGUUUUUUUCUGUUAAAGUUAAAAAAAUAAAACCGUUUUAAAAAUGUUUUAACGUCUGACGAGCUGGAGGCAGAAAAUAAGAGGCGGAGCAUCUGCAACAGGCGGCGCUGUUCGCCUGCCUUCGCUUCGGUCUCUGUUUCCAUCGGUGAUUCUGCUUCGGCGUUUCAUCCUGGUGUGUGCCAACCAUUCAGGACAAGGUGAUCAGAUUGAAACCAAUCGUUUUCUGGUGGAAACGAACGCUGAAGACAAACUUUGCUGAUGGAAAUAAGAGGCCUGAAGAAUUCCUGCUGGAAGUUUGGUUUUAUGGAUGGAAUAAGAUUUUUUUACUGUUGUUUUUUUCUUCUGUGGCUCUUUUUUCUGUUACAGACUUUAAUGUUUGUGAGUGAAAGCAUAAAGAAUUUAAAGUUCCACUCUGUUGUAUCUGACAAUCUGCCUGUUUUAAAGAACAUUGUUGUUUUUUUGAAAAUAAGUGUUUUUGUAAUUUGGUAAAUGUGGUUCUUCUGUGCCUUAGUCUGUGUUUGGCAUCAGCCUGCGGGACGCCGCUGUGGCCUUUGUUCUGAUGAACGAUAAACACAUUUUCAGUAAAAGCUGUUGUUCUUAUUACAAA